AUGUUUGGAGUGAAUUUAAAAUGUAAUCGGAAUCUGCUUGGCGGAAUUAAAAAAAAACCGUUUCACUCCUCCGUGGUCCUUCGCGGCGGCGCCGAACGGCAAGAACGUUUGUGUGGAGGCCCGGAAGAGAGGAGACAGACCGAUCGAUCGUCAAUGGUUCUUGAUAUUCGGAAGUUGGAUAUUUAUCGAAAAGUUCCUAAGGACUUGACUCAACCAACACUAGCCGGUGCCAUCAUAUCUAUCACAUGCGUGCUAUUUAUAUCUUUUAUGGUAUUCAAUGAUAUUCUGGAGUACAUAUACAUAGAUAUCAGAAGUGAACUGUAUGUGGAUGAUCCUGGACGGGAAGGGAAGAUUGACGUUGAAGUAGAUGUCUCUUUUCCAUACAUGAAAUGCGAAUACCUUGGAGUGGAUAUUCAAGACGAAAAUGGUCGGCACGAAGUGGGUUUCGUCGAUAAAACAGAGAAGAUCCCCCUAGAAAACGAUGGAUGCCGAUUUAAAAGUAGAUUUGAAAUCAAUAAGGUACCGGGUAAUUUCCAUUUGUCAACACAUUCAGCGAAAAGGCAACCUGAAAACUAUGAUAUGAGACAUAUAAUUCAUUCAAUACGAUUUGGUGAUGAAAUUCCAAAUGCAGAUUUGAAAGGCAGCUUUAAUCCUUUGAAAGAGAAAGACACACUCUCAGCAGAACCACUUCUCACGCAUGAGUACAUCCUCAAGAUUGUGCCGUCCGUCUAUGAGGAUAUAAAUGGAAAAAUAUGGAAUAGUUAUCAGUACACUUUUGGGCAUAAGGACUACCUCGCUUAUCAUCAUACUGGACAUGUUAUACCAGCGAUAUGGUUCAAAUAUGGAUUGCAGCCUAUCACAGUGAAACACAAAGAGUGGCGACAAUCCUUCUACUAUUUUCUUACUUCAAUCUGCGCUGUUGUUGGUGGCACAUUUACUGUGGCUGGUAUAAUCGACUCCACGUUCUUCACAAUUUCCGAUAUUGUAAAGAAACAUCGUCUCGAACAAAUCCCCCAACAUCAAUCUGGAGAUCAAAUCGAUUCGUGGACUUUGUGCUUUGAUAUCGUGCUAGAGCUAGGCGAACCGACUCCAUGUAAGGGAACUACGUGGAAAUCUCUAGAACAAAUCCCCCAACAUCAAUCUGGAGAUCAAAUCGAUUCGUGGACUUUGUGCUUUGAUAUCGUGCUAGAGCUAGGCGAACCGACUCCAUGCAAGGGAACUACGUGGAAAUCUCUAGAACAAAUCCCCCAACAUCAAUCUGGAGAUCAAAUCGAUUCGUGGACUUUGUGCUUUGAUAUCGUGCUAGAGCUAGGCGAACCGACUCCACGCAAGGGAACUACGUGGAAAUCUCUAGAACAAAUCCCCCAACAUCAAUCUGGAGAUCAAAUCGAUUCGUGGACUUUGUGCUUUGAUAUCGUGCUAGAGCUAGGCGAACCGACUCCAUGUAAGGGAACGACGUGGAAAUCUCUAGAACAAAUCCCCCAACAUCAAUCUGGAGAUCAAAUCGAUUCGUGGACUUUGUGCUUUGAUAUCGUGCUAGAGCUAGGCGAACCGACUCCAUGUAAGGGAACUACGUGGAAAUCUCUAGAACAAAUCCCCCAACAUCAAUCUGGAGAUCAAAUCGAUUCGUGGACUUUGUGCUUUGAUAUCGUGCUAGAGCUAGGCGAACCGACUCCAUGUAAGGGAACGACGUGGAAAUCUCUAGAACAAAUCCCCCAACAUCAAUCUGGAGAUCAAAUCGAUUCGUGGACUUUGUGCUUUGAUAUCGUGCUAGAGCUAGGCGAACCGACUCCAUAUCAAAUCGAUUCGUGGACUUUGUGCUUUGAUAUCGUGCUAGAGCUAGGCGAACCGACUCCAUGUAAGGGAACUACGUGGAAAUCUCUAGAACAAAUCCCCCAACAUCAAUCUGGAGAUCAAAUCGAUUCGUGGACUUUGUGCUUUGAUAUCGUGCUAGAGCUAGGCGAACCGACUCCACGCAAGGGAACUACGUGGAAAUCUCUAGAACAAAUCCCCCAACAUCAAUCUGGAGAUCAAAUCGAUUCGUGGACUUUGUGCUUUGAUAUCGUGCUAGAGCUAGGCGAACCGACUCCAUAUCAAAUCGAUUCGUGGACUUUGUGCUUUGAUAUCGUGCUAGAGCUAGGCGAACCGACUCCAUGUAAGGGAACGACGUGGAAAUCUCUAGAACAAAUCCCCCAACAUCAAUCUGGAGAUCAAAUCGAUUCGUGGACUUUGUGCUUUGAUAUCGUGCUAGAGCUAGGCGAACCGACUCCAUGUAAGGGAACUACGUGGAAAUCUCUAGAACAAAUCCCCCAACAUCAAUCUGGAGAUCAAAUCGAUUCGUGGACUUUGUGCUUUGAUAUCGUGCUAGAGCUAGGCGAACCGACUCCACGCAAGGGAACUACGUGGAAAUCUCUAGAACAAAUCCCCCAACAUCAAUCUGGAGAUCAAAUCGAUUCGUGGACUUUGUGCUUUGAUAUCGUGCUAGAGCUAGGCGAACCGACUCCACGCAAGGGAACUACGUGGAAAUCUCUAGAACAAAUCCCCCAACAUCAAUCUGGAGAUCAAAUCGAUUCGUGGACUUUGUGCUUUGAUAUCGUGCUAGAGCUAGGCGAACCGACUCCAUGUAAGGGAACGACGUGGAAAUCUCUAGAACAAAUCCCCCAACAUCAAUCUGGAGAUCAAAUCGAUUCGUGGACUUUGUGCUUUGAUAUCGUGCUAGAGCUAGGCGAACCGACUCCAUGUAAGGGAACUACGUGGAAAUCUCUAGAACAAAUCCCCCAACAUCAAUCUGGAGAUCAAAUCGAUUCGUGGACUUUGUGCUUUGAUAUCGUGCUAGAGCUAGGCGAACCGACUCCACGCAAGGGAACUACGUGGAAAUCUCUAGAACAAAUCCCCCAACAUCAAUCUGGAGAUCAAAUCGAUUCGUGGACUUUGUGCUUUGAUAUCGUGCUAGAGCUAGGCGAACCGACUCCAUGUAAGGGAACGACGUGGAAAUCUCUAGAACAAAUCCCCCAACAUCAAUCUGGAGAUCAAAUCGAUUCGUGGACUUUGUGCUUUGAUAUCGUGCUAGAGCUAGGCGAACCGACUCCACGCAAGGGAACUACGUGGAAAUCUCUAGAACAAAUCCCCCAACAUCAAUCUGGAGAUCAAAUCGAUUCGUGGACUUUGUGCUUUGAUAUCGUGCUAGAGCUAGGCGAACCGACUCCAUGUAAGGGAACGACGUGGAAAUCUCUAGAACAAAUCCCCCAACAUCAAUCUGGAGAUCAAAUCGAUUCGUGGACUUUGUGCUUUGAUAUCGUGCUAGAGCUAGGCGAACCGACUCCAUGUAAGGGAACUACGUGGAAAUCUCUAGAACAAAUCCCCCAACAUCAAUCUGGAGAUCAAAUCGAUUCGUGGACUUUGUGCUUUGAUAUCGUGCUAGAGCUAGGCGAACCGACUCCACGCAAGGGAACUACGUGGAAAUCUCUAGAACAAAUCCCCCAACAUCAAUCUGGAGAUCAAAUCGAUUCGUGGACUUUGUGCUUUGAUAUCGUGCUAGAGCUAGGCGAACCGACUCCAUGUAAGGGAACGACGUGGAAAUCUCUAGAACAAAUCCCCCAACAUCAAUCUGGAGAUCAAAUCGAUUCGUGGACUUUGUGCUUUGAUAUCGUGCUAGAGCUAGGCGAACCGACUCCAUGCAAGGGAACUACGUGGAAAUCUCUAGAACAAAUCCCCCAACAUCAAUCUGGAGAUCAAAUCGAUUCGUGGACUUUGUGCUUUGAUAUCGUGCUAGAGCUAGGCGAACCGACUCCACGCAAGGGAACUACGUGGAAAUCUCUAGAACAAAUCCCCCAACAUCAAUCUGGAGAUCAAAUCGAUUCGUGGACUUUGUGCUUUGAUAUCGUGCUAGAGCUAGGCGAACCGACUCCAUGUAAGGGAACGACGUGGAAAUCUCUAGAACAAAUCCCCCAACAUCAAUCUGGAGAUCAAAUCGAUUCGUGGACUUUGUGCUUUGAUAUCGUGCUAGAGCUAGGCGAACCGACUCCAUGCAAGGGAACUACGUGGAAAUCUCUAGAACAAAUCCCCCAACAUCAAUCUGGAGAUCAAAUCGAUUUGUGGACUUUGUACUUUGGUACCUUGGCGCCGGGUUGGAGCUAA